CUCCCUUCUCUCUCUGAUUUACAAAUUUCUUGUUUCUUUUCUGUCAAUCAACAAUGGUGAGUUACAGAGUCGCAAGAGCUUCAGAAUACCUAGUAAUUACAGGGUAUGGUAUUACAGACAUUAAACUAGCAAAGAAAGCAUGGAUUCUUCCUGGUCAAACUUUUUCUCGUUUCGAUGUCUCCCCUGUCAACUACACCUUCGAAGUUCAAGCUAUGAGUUCAGAAAAACUUCCUUUCCUUCUUCCUGCUGUUUUCACAAUCGGUCCUCAGAUUGACGAGCGUGAAGCCUUGUUGAAAUAUGCAAAGCUUCUUUCGAAUCAUGAUCGUCAUUCUCAUGAGGUAAGAGAUCUAGUUCAAGGUAUUAUUGAAGGAGAAACUAGAGUUCUUGCUGCUUCCAUGACUAUGGAAGAUGUAUUCAAGGGUACUAAAGAUUUCAAGAAGGAGGUGUUUGAUAAAAUUCAGUUAGAGCUUAAUCAAUUUGGGCUAUGGAUUUACAACGCAAAUAUCAAACAACUUGUUGAUGUUUCAGGACAUGAAUACUUUUCGUAUUUGGGUCAAAAGAUUCAGAUGGAAGCUGCAAAUCAAGCGAAAGUUGAUGUUGCAGAAGCAAAGAUGAAGGGUGCAGUUGGUGCCAAACUGAGAGAGGGACAGACCAUACAGAACGCGGCAAAGAUCGACGCUGAAACCAAGAUUAUUGCAACUCAGAGACAAGGACAAGGAAAGAAAGAAGAACUUAAGGUUCAGGCUGAGGUUAAGAUCUUUGAAAACCUAAGGGAUGCUGAUGUUGCUGAAGCUAAUGCUGAAUUGGCUACCAAGAAGGAUGGAUGGGCACAAUUAGCUGAAUUGGCUCAAGUAGAGUCUGUCAAGGCUGUUUCCAUCAAAGAGGCUGAGUUGCAGAGACAGGUUGAGCUAAAGAACUCUUUGACUCAGACUGAGAAAUUGAAGGCUGAGUAUCUCAGUAAAGCUAGUGUGGAAUAUGAUGUCAAGGUCCAAGAGGCAAACUGGGAAUUGUACAAGAAGCAAAAACAAGAAGAAGCUGUUUUAUAUGAGAAACAGAAAGCAGCCGAGGCUCAAAAACUUGCUGCUGAAGCUCAAUUUUUUGCACAACAACAGGCUGCUGAUGGAGAAUUAUAUGCAAAAAAGAAAGAAGCUGAAGGAAUGUUUGCUGCAGCAGAAUCACAAGGAGUUUAUAUUCAAAGUUUGUUGAAAGAAUUUGAUGGGAACUAUGCUUCAUUGAGAGAUUAUCUGAUGAUUAGUGGUGGAAUGUUUCAAGAAGUUGCUAAGAUCAAUGCAGGUGUUGUUCAAGGUUUGCAGCCAAAGAUCAGUAUAUGGACUAAUGGAGAUGGUUCCUCUGCUGGAAAUGGUAGCCUUACUAGAGGUGGAUUAGCUUCUGGAGCCAUGAAAGAAAUUGCACAAGUAUACAACACAUUGCCACCAUUGUUUCAAACUGUGGAGGAACAGACUGGAAUGACUCCACCUGCUUGGUUGGCUGGACGCACUCCUAACGUUCAAAGGUGGGAUUGA